AUGACAGCACUUCAUUUAGCUGUACAAAAUAAUUGUAAAGAAACAGUUGAAUUACUUCUUUCUCAUGGUGCAAAUGUUAAUGCACAAAAUUCAGAACUGGAAACUCCUCUCUGUAUUGCAGUAGAAAAUAAUAACAAAAUUAUAUUAGAGGAUCUAUUAGCACAUGGAGCAUUUGUAAAUACAAAAUAUAUUGAUGGGAGUACAGCCCUGCAUGUUGCCAUACAAAAUAAUCGAAGCGAAAUAUCAAAAUUUCUUAUUACACAUGGAGCAAAUUUGGAUAUCAAAGAUGUGGAUGAAAAUACUGCUCUUCAUUAUGCAAUAGGGAAAGGUGAAGAAAUUGUAGAAUUGCUUAUAUCUCAUGGUGCAAAAACCAAUUUAACAAACAAAUCGGGAAAGACAGCUUUUCAUCUUGCAGUUGAACAUAGAUAUGAACCAGAAAUAAAGUGUUUUAUCUCGCAUGGCAUAAAUGUUAAUUUUAAAGAUAAACAUGGAAGAACAGCCCUCCUUAUUGCGCUGGAGAAUAAUAGUUCUAAAGAAAUUAUAGAAUUACUAUUAUCUCAUCGAGCUCAAGUUAAUGUACAAGAUGAAAAUGGAAACCCAGCUCUCCAUAUUGCAGUUAAAAAAGCUAUCGAUAAAGAAAUUCUAGAACUCCUUAUUUCUCAUGGUAUAGACAUUAAUUCCAAGGAUUCUGAUAAUAAAACUGCUCUACAUAUCUCCUCAAUGCAUAAGGAAUGCUAUGACUUAACAGAACUUUUAAUUUCACAUGGACUAGAUGUUAAUUUAAAAGAUAAAUAUGGACAAUCUCCACUUCAUUAUGCAGUAAAAUGCGCCGACGGAAACCGAACAAUUGAACUUCUUUUAAAAAAUGGUGCAGACAUUAAUAUGAAAGAUAGAGACGAGAAAACUCCACUUCAUAUUGCAUCUUAUUUCUAUAGAAGCGAAGUACUCGAAUAUCUAGUUGUCAAUGGUGCAGAUGUAAAUAUAAAAGAUAUUUCUGGAAAAACAGCUCUUCACUAUGCUGCACUAUAUGGUAACGCAACCAAUUCAAAAUUCCUGAUUGCACAUAGUGCAGAUGUCAAUGCAAAGGAUAACGAAAAUAAUACUCCACUUCAUUUUUCAUGUGAAAAUAAUUAUAAGAAUAAUAUGUGUGAGCUACUCAUUUCUAAUGGAUCAGAUAUCAAUUCAAAAGAUAUUAAUGGUAGAACCCCUCUUCAUAUCGCGAUCAUAAAUCAUUGCAAUGAAAUUGCAAAACUUCUUGUUUCUCGCGGUGCGGAUCUUAAUAUUAAAGAAAAUAGUGGGAAAACGCCGCUGCAUUAUUCGGUAGAAUUAGAUAAUAAAGUUAAACUUCUUACUUCUCAUGGAGCAGAUAUUAAUGCCAAUGAUAACAGUGAUAAAACUGCCCUCCAUAUUGCUUCUCAAAACCAAGAUCGAAUAGAUAUUAUGGAAUUUCUUAUUUCCCAUGGCGCAGAUAUUAAUGCGAAGGAUAUUAGAGGGAAAACUCCUCUUCAUAUGGCAGCAGAAAAUUGUUUUUGUGAUGCAAUAGAGAAAUUAAUUUUGAGUGGUGCUGAUAUCAAUGCAAAAGAUGAAAACGGAAAAACAAUUCUUCAUUACAUUGCAGAAUCCUCAAUUACUUGGAUUGUCGAAUUUCUUGUUUCGCAUGGUGCAGAUAUUAAUGCAAAAGAUAAUGAAAAUAAAAUACCUUAUGAAAUUGCCACUUUUAAUGAGGUGAAAAAAGUUUUGAAGCCAUCAAACAUAAAAACAUAA